CGCGCCGCCACGCUCCGCCGCGCCCCGGCCCGCCCCCCUCCGCCGCGCCCCUUCUUCCCCCUGUACUGCACCGGUGACAGUCGCGACGGGCGUGGUGGCAAUGGCCAUGCCGGCCGGGGUGACGGCGUCGUGCCACCCGUGGUGACCGCAUCCGCGACGCCCUUAACUCUGCUGACCGCGUCGCCCUUUGAAUGUGGAGACGGUGCCGCCCCCGCUGAUUGGACGAGCACCCGAUCUGCUCUGUUGUACGCAGCCGCUUCUGUCCAAAAGAAACUAACAAGUGUCGGGUGUUGUUUGCUUGAAGAAAAGUUCCCUGCUCGUGGCAUCAAAGCAACAGAGAAGAAAGGCAUUGCUAAAUCAAGUAGGUAUUAUGAUUUCUUCUUUCCAUGAAAACUAUGUUGAUUAAUGCAUUGUUCACUUGUAUGAUGUGGGAAUGUGGGGUUAUUUUUUGUUGGUGAUGAGUGGUUUUCUAUAUUAGUGUGUAUGAUGCAUUCAUUUUUUGUUGGGAUGCGACUCGUGAUCGUAGCAAUUCAUUUUUAUUUCAGAUUUAAGUACAAAACCAAACCAUGUCUUUGGAUGCUCAACGUAGCUGGAUGUAUAGUGGGUGGAAGGAUAAUGGAAGGCAUUCUGAUGAGUGGAUACGCAAUACAAAUGCUUUUGUGAACCAUGUUUUUGAGGGCGUCCGUAGUGCCAAGUUUGGAGUUUCUUGUCCUUGCUCAAAAUGUUGCAAUGGUAGUAGGAGAACAAAACAAUUGAUGACCUCUCAUCUUUGUCAUUGGGGUUUCAUGCCCAGCUACUUUAGAUGGACUGCACAUGGGGAGCAUCAUGUUCAUGUAGAUAGAGUGGAGUCUGUCAACACUGAUUGCUUAGAGGACAUGUUGUGUGACUUUGGGGAUGCAAUGCAUGUUGAUAAUGUAGACGAGGAGCCAACACCAGAUGCCAAAGAUUUUUAUGCCAUGUUGUCAGCUGUUAGAGACCCACUCCAUGAGUUCACCCAAACCUCACGCUUUGCUACUGUUACACGCUUGAUGGGAAUUAAGUCACAAUACAAUUUGUCAGGGGACUGCAUAAAUAGUUUACUGAAACUUUGGCAAGAUACACUCCCACAAGGCAAUAAAAUGCCAUCAAGCUUGUAUGAGUGCAAGUGUAUCUUAGUUGGUUUGAAAAUGCCACUCCUGAAAAUAGAUGCAUGUGUUAACCAUUGCAUGAUAUACUAUAAGGAUAGAGAGAGAAAACUGAAGUGUGAUUUCUGUGGUGCAGCAAGAUAUAAGGUAGUUAACAAUGACUGCCCAAAUAAGAAGCGUAAACCCAUCCCACGUAGGGUUCUGCGAUACCUUCCAUUUCUACCAAGAUUGCAAAGGUUGUUCAUGCAGCCUGAAUUUGCUAAGCACAUGAGAUGGCACAUGGAAGGCAACCGAGAAAAUCCAGGAAUGAUGGUGCACCCAGCUGAUAGUGAAUCAUGGAAAUCUUUCAAUGUGGAUGGGUUUGCAAGUGAUCCAUGCAACGUUAAGCUAGUCAAGUCCUCUGAUGGCUUCUACCCUUUUAAUUUCGGGUUAACACAAUACUCUUGUUGGCCUGUGUUUCUUGCUCCUUUGAACCUGCCACCUGCUCUUUGCUUGAAAACACAAAAUAUCUUUCUUAGCAUGGUGAUCCCUGGACCAAAGAGUCCUGGCAAGAACUUCAAUGUGUACAUGGAGCCUUUAUUUGAUGAGUUGAAAGAGGCAUGGGUGGGUGUACCAACUUAUGAUAGUUUCCUUAAGCAGAAUUUCAAUAUGAGGGUAACCUUGCAUACAACUGUCCAUGACCGCCCUGCUUUUGGUAUGGUUGCUGGAUGGUCUACCCAUGGUGGGCUGGCUUGUUACGAGUGUGGGGCAGAUCCACAAACAAUUUGGCUGGAUAAUGGGCACAAAUGGAGUUGGUUUGAUAGCCACGGGCGAUUUCUGCGGGCCGACCAUGUAUUUAGGACCCAGAGUGAUGCCUUUUUAAAAGAUACAGUAGUGAAGGAUAUUGCUCCAUGUAGGUUAACAGGGGAUGAAGUUUUUGCUUACAUGAAUGAAGUUAAGGACAACAAUUUUGAAGGUUAUGGAGUAACACACAAUUGGACACACAUUCCUAAGCUGUGGGAAUUGCCAUACUUCCCAAAGCUUUUGCUUCCUCAUAAUAUAGAUGUUAUGCACACCGAAAAAAAUAUUGCAGAAGCAAUAUUCAAUAUUGUCCUUGACAUUCCUAACAAGACAAAAGACAAUGCCAAAGCCCGCCUUGACCAAGCUGUACUGUGUAGCAGAACUGAUUUCAACCUUCAAGAAAAGCCCAAUGAUAAAUGGGAAAAGCCUAGAGCACCAUAUUGCUUGAAGAGGAACCAAAUAAGAGAGGUCCUGUUGUGGUUUCUUCAGCUCAAAUUUCCAGAUGGAUAUGUGGCCAACAUGAAGCGAGGUGUUAACUUAGAGCAACUUAAGAUAUAUGGGCUCAAAAGUCAUGACUACCAUAUAUUUAUGGAGCGGUUGCUGCCUGUCAUGCUACGGGGGCAUGUAGAUAAUGAUGUGUGGGAGGCUUUGGCUGAGCUAAGUUAUUUCUUUAGGCUGCUUUGCGCAAAAGAAAUAGAUCCUAACCAAAUGGAUAAAUUGGAGGAAAACAUUCCUGUCCUAAUUUGUAAAUUGGAGAAAAUUUUCCCACCGGGGUUCUUUGAUUCAAUGGAACAUCUAAUGAUACACCUCCCUUAUCAAGCAAAAGUAGGAGGGCCUGUUAAGUAUCGUUGGAUGUAUAGUUAUGAAAGGUAUGUUUUGUUCUUCAUGCAUUCUGUCCAUAUGGUAGUAGUAUUUCCUAUUUGGACAUUAAUUUGUUACAUGGCAAUGUAGGUUAAUAAAAAAGCUUAGAGCAAAAGUUAGUAACAAAGCACGUGUGGAGGCUUCAAUUGUUGAGGCAUUUCUUGUUGAGGAGAUUUCAAACUUUAGUUCUUUGUACCUUCCUGAUGAUGUGCCUACCUCAAGAAAUCGCCCCCAACGUUAUGCACAAUCUAGCACUACCAGCACAAGUACUCUUAGUUUGUUUGGAGACAAGGGAUGGAAAAUUGGUAGAGGGGAACCUAGGAUCUUAUCACAUGAAG